AUGGACUGCCCGCACCGCCGGCCGUACCUUGCGCCGCGACCGGGCGACGAGAGUCAUAUCAAGUGCAAGCGCGUGCGCGAAGUCCGCGCGCUUCGGCGAUUUGUUGCCGACCUCGAGCAGCGCCUCGCUACGCACCAUGGCCGCCGGCCCACCUCGUUGCUGCCGUGGGCCGAGGUGGCCACCGCGCUCGCCGACGCUGUCGCGGACCAGCGCAACGAAACCACUGCACUGCGCCGGCAGCUUCAAGCCAACGACCGCAUCUGCAAGGCGCUCGCGGCAUGGGUCAACAGCUGGCAACUCCACACACCACUGAAUGCGUUUGCCGAGUCGUGGCGGGACGCAACGCUGUUUGCCGGCGACGAGCGCGCUCGGCGCAUUGGCUGCCAAUGGAUCAUUCACCAAGUGUACGCCCACACAGCGCGCGAGAUGCACCGGUUUACCUUUCCUGCUACGAACACGGGCGUGGUCGAGAUUGAGGUGGUCGUGACGCCGUCGUAUGUGCUCGAGAUCCACGGCAUGACGCAGCUCCUGCUGCCCUACUCGCUGGACGAAGUCUCGCACGGCGUUUGGCUCGCAGACGCGUCGUUUGUGCAGGUCGACCACGGCGUCGACACGCACUUUGAGUCGCUGGACACGACGCCCGACCUCGCGUACGCGCAAGAAGACAUGGGCCCCGCGGACCAAACCAUAUUGGAUCGGACGCUCUACGGACGGUUUUACGAAGGCAACGACAAGGUUGUGAUUGUCAUGCGCUCGGUCUUGCACGAUGCGGCGUACCCUAUCCGUGACGACGCGUGGACCGUCGACACACGCCAGUGGGUCGUCGCCCAACGUGUGGACGCCACGUGGACGCGGUUGCGGACCUACUACCGGCUGCUGCACCCGUGCACGCGCGCAGGGUUUGUGCCGAUUCAGGCGUUUGCCCAGUGCGUUAAAGUUCAUUCUACCUCGGACGACGACGCUGCGCGCCAGCUACAAGUCAAAUUUACGAGCCAGCAACGCGACCAGCGCCGCCGUUUCGAGGCCCAUUUGCGCCGCGUCCUCGCGCGUCGACGUAACUAGCAAACCUCUCAAACUUAAUAUCACGUGGAGUUGAACAAGC